AUGGCUCUCUGCGUAUCAUCUCAACCGUCCAGCUCGGACCACCGCGCACGGCCGUCACUCACGUCGCCCUCCGAUAUGAUGCGCUCCAGCACCUCCCCCGCCGCCUUCGCCCGACACCACCGCUACCCCGCGCACCAGCCCUCCCCUGCCGGCUCACCUCCUUCCCAAACCUCCUCACCUGGCGGGUCAACCUUGGGCACGCCUUCGCGCUUUUACCAAGCAUCACCGCCCCCGCCCACGGGGGAGGCAAGUGAAACGCUUCUUCCGCAGGAGCAGCAGGCGCGCACGUCCCUCGACGGUCCAUCAUUUGCGCCGACCUUCCUCCAGAUGCAGCCGCGCCGCCCCACGUGGCUCCCCGCGGACCAGCAGGACGAGCUGCUCGACGACGAGGCCCUGGCGGAGCCCCCCGUGCGCGGAACUGCGCGCGCCAUCGCACGGGGUGCCAGCUGGACAGGUUCCGCGUCUUCCCACGCGGUUUUCGGCGGGCGGCGUAGCUCAGCGACUGGUGACGGAGUGCUGGGAGGAGAGCCGCUGAGCAGCGAGUCGGUGUGUCCGAUCCCCGCCGUCAACUGGAAGGAGUCGGCGAUGUCGGACGAGGCUCGGCGCGCUGUGGCGUCCUCGGUGUGCCCCAUCGCGCCGCAGGACUGGCGCGCUCUCUCCCGCACCAGCAGCGCCAGCGCCAGCGAGCACGACUUGGCCGCGUCAUCGGUCCUCAGCACCGCCGUCGGUCUCAGCGGGUCUUGCGGCGCCUCGACACCGCCGGGGUCACUAUCGUCGGCGGGCAGCUCGCCGCUGCACAGGAGUCCGUUGAACAGCGGCCCGCUGCAGAGCACGUCGUCGUGCCCGCUGCCAGCGGACGUGUUUCACGGCGUCGUGGCUGGCGGCGUGGGGUCCGCGUCUGCUGGUUCGGGUUUCAGCGCAAUUGGUGCUACAACGGCGUAUGCUAGUACCGGGACGACUGGGAAGGAGUCGGGUGCUGUUGCGAGUGGUGUGAGUGGAGUCGUACCCACGGCGGUUCCUCUUCAUGUAUCGCUGAGGGAGCAACUGCUGCGCGCCAAUAGCGGGUCCUGUGCCUACCAAGGUCCGGCAGCUGUGCGACCCGCCAUUAGUCGCAUGGCGAUGUCUUGCUCUAACAGUCGCCAGUCGAGUGGUAACUUUGCGGGCUACUCGCAAAGUUCCAACUCCAGCCCUGCGCGCGAUUCUAUUCACGGCAGUGAAGACACGGGAUCAAAUGGCGGCGUCAAUUGGCAAGAGCUUGACAACCUCUGCCAGAGCAUGGACGCAGCGGGGAUUAUGAUAGAGCAGAUUGACCUCACACCUCUGGAUGACGCAUCGGAUGAUAUCCACGGCCACGCCUCUGCUGCUGCUGCUUCUUUCUCGGGUUCUGGGAGGAAUGCCAAAGUUUCUGCUGCUCCUGAAGCUGGGGAGGGUGCUGCUCCGGUGAAGUAUGCUGUCAAGUUUGGUGGCAUGUCCAUGUGGCACUCACCCUCUCAUUGA